UCUUAUUCCUCUGAACGUCUUUAGAUUGUGGUAAUAUAUCGGUGAUUUGAUUUUGUUUUGUCGGAAACUGUUAUCGGUUUGUGGGAAUCCCUCUCCGGUGUGUCUGUUUGUCUCGGAAUCUACAGAUUCUAUAGGUUUCUUACGUAACAAGUCACUAUACUGUGGGAAAAUAUCCCGAAAAAUGGAUCUCCUUCACUUGUAAUCAUUGUGAAGAAGAAACGACAGGCCAAUAUUCAACAAUGGGAACUCCGGUAAAUAUGAUUGUAGGUUCUCAUGUUUGGGUUGAAGAAGACUCAGACGUGGCUUGGAUUGAUGGUGAGGUUGAACAGCUCACUGGAGAAGAAGUUGUGAUCCAAGCCACAACUGGAAAGAAGAUCACUGCAAAGUUGUCAAAGAUAUACCCAAAGGAUGUGGAAGCUCCUGCAGGUGGUGUUGAUGACUUGACAAAGCUGUCUUACCUGCACGAACCUGGUGUCCUUCAGAACUUAAAGAUCAGAUAUGAACUUAAUGAGAUCUAUACAUACACAGGAAACAUCGUUAUAGCGAUUAAUCCUUGGCCGUGAGAUAGAUGGAUGGAUGGAAGCUAUAUAUAUAUAUAUAUAUUUUUUUUUUUUUUAUCUUGUUAAUUAUGCUAUAACGAUUUAUAUUUCUUAGUAAGUACAUUGAAAUCUGGUUACAUAAGCGAUUGCUCUAUUGGAGUCUGUAACUUUGGUUGAUGUGUAGAUAUCUCAAAAAACAUGAAUAAAUAUGUAGAGACUAAUGGACAAUAGUCUUUAAUCUCUAAAAAUGAGUGUAAAAUAUAAAUUUUCACAUAAAAUUUUUUGAUGAAACUAUAAGAUAUAAAAAAAAUUGAACCAAUUCAGUAAUUAACAAAUUGAUUGUAAGUUGGAAAUAGAUGAUACAUCUCAAUUUAAUUUCUACUACUUUUAGCAUUACAUUAUCUGGGUCAAUCGCUUCUGUCGAAUACUUAAAUGGCUUCUUUGUAAUAAAAUUUAGAACUCAGGGACUUUGCUAUAAAACACUUGUAAAAGUUUCCCGCGUGUGGGGCCGUUGGUGACGUGGAACAUUUCCCCUCUCGCUUCAUCUUCAUUAAACAAAAGUCAAAAGGUCAACACAGUGGCAUAGUCGUAAAUCCAGCAAACUUAGUCCCUUCUCUUUUUCCUCCUCGCCGGCAAAGUUUCCGUCGUUGCUUCUCUUCACUCCCACCACGAAGAAUCUAAGGGGCGGUGAGGCUUAUCUUCAAAAGCUACACAGAGGUAGCAGUCGUGAGCAGAAUCGCACCAACGAUGCAGUUCCGCCAUCGGAUCAAAAGCGGAUAAACGGUGCUCCGAUUCUUCUUCCGUCCCGGAGACCACUUCUUCGGUGACCUCUUAUGCUCCGAUCUCUGUUACGAAUCGUUCGGAUUACAUAUCC